AUGGACCUAGAAGAGGCAACAAUCUCCUCUCGCAAGACGGGAGUUAAAAGUGUGCCGAGGAUCCUGCAAAAUCCCACCUCCACGUUUUUGUAUUCCGUGGCUUUUGGCGGAAUGACAGACUUCACAGAGAAACAUUCUGAGACGCUCUUAAAUGAGCCAUGGCGGGUGAAGGAGGAUAGGUCCGGGACUGCCUAUCUUUUCAAAUUUAGUGCGACAGAAUCAGGAUGCUGUUUCCUGAUCACAGAUACGAAGGAAGUUUGGGUUGAAGCGCUCGAAGACCGACACUUAUAUCGAAGGUACACGAACCGCGCCCCUUGGGCCACCUCCGCGGAUAACCUUGCGGAUAACGCAUGGAUAAUCCAACAUGCUCACGAUCUGAUGGUUCUUCACUCCCCCAGAAAUUUAGAGGGAGUUGAGAUAGCUGUGUCUCCUCACACUACAUUCGCCGAUCUUGAAGUGAAGCUCACAUCCAGACAUCACGCAUGGAAAUGGGAAUGUAUGCGAACCGCUAAAUUGGGUGCCACAUUACUCUCCCAGCAUUUGAUACUACCCUUAAUAACUUUCAAUGAGGCUCUGGUCAGCGCUGCUGAACCCCUGAGCGGCAUGGAUGAAACUGUGUGGACCAACCGCCUAGAUGGGUCCGCAAAAGCAAGUAAGUUCAAGAGUGCAGUGAAUGUCCUAUUUCGACAACCACGCAUUACGACUUCUCUUCGCCGAAUAUCGCAAAUUGUCGCACGGGUUCAAUCCCCAUUCCCCGUCGUUUCACAGUUCCCUCUUGAAGAUAUAGAGGGUCAUUUUCAUUCGGGGCAUAAUACGGAGGCACUAAUACCCACUGCGAUACGUGGUUAUAGUGAGCGGCAUUCUUCACCAUUAGCUUCUAGUGGAUCGGUAGUUAAAAAGCAUGUCGGUGGCGAGUCACAGGACUCAAAUAUCCUUAUGAUGCCUCACGAGUCACGCAGAGGCCUUUCUUCUCUGCUUCCGGAUGCAUCGCCUCCCACGGAUAAACGAGCAUGCACUCCAAGGGUAAUGGCCGAGGACGUUGCCCUAUCCGCUGAAGGAGGGGGCUCCGCCACUGAGGACGAAGCUCAACCUCCAAUCGAUUCUUCGACCAUAGCGGCACCUCACAACCUCCAGCAGCCUGCAUCUCAACCAUACACACACACCACGACACUGUAUGAAAAAAUGGCAAGCCACGAGAAAAAGCCCGAUUCGGAAGCGGAGAAACAUAAUGUUUCGCCCGCUCCGCUCAUGGAGCCAAGCGCAGCUUCUGGUCGAAAUCUCUUGGGCACUAGUGGGAAAGGCAAACGGCGAAGUGACUCCACUGAGGAAGAGCCGGACGCGGGCGAUGUCAAUGACGGUACGGAAGCACGAACGUCCCAUGCCUCUGCUGCAACAUCAAGAAGAGCAUGGCAGGGACCUCGCCGCGCGGUCACGAAGAAAAAACGUUUCUAG